AUGGGGGUCAACACCCGCCGACCAAUCCUACCCGCUCCUACAGAAUCCCUCGUCGAUACCACGGGCAGCACAACGGGCACUGAUCUGGCAACUGACCUUUCUCGCCGUACAGACAAGACGUCUUAUUCCAUCCCGGACGACGGAAGCCCAAUCACUGUUCCUACCCGGUCUCAUCGAGAUCGGGACGACAAACUGUCUCGUUCACACCACGAUUCUCAAACCUCCCUCCUCAUCGAGUACUUUGAGGGCGGGAAAGGUUCCGGUGGUCUCGCAUCUCGUCCAAGUGUUCGAGUCCGUGUGACUCCUUCAGGCGGCCGGAGGUCCAAGAAAGACGAUCGCCUUCACAUCACCGAGUCGGGUAGCAGCCGCAAACCGUCAUAUACCCAUCGCAUCUCAUUGUCCUCGCCGAAGUCAAAACAAAAGCAACUGGUCGAGUCGAACUUGGAUGAUCACAGUGACCUGUCGAACAACUCUGUGGAGGAAGGCGAUCACCCGUCCCGGCUGCCUGUAGAAAUCGAAUUCCUCAGGCGCGAACGGGGCAGCGAAAUCUCUGGCUUGUCGCGCGACGCCCGCUACAUGCCUCCCUCAUCGGAUAUCUCCUCCAUGCCCGCCGACAGCAUGUUGGACACCUCUUCGGCCGGUCCGCGACGGAAGCGGAGCCAGAGCGCAGAGCGCGAGGCACCCGAAGAAGAUCCGAAUCUCCUCAAGACACCACGGCGACAACGAAGUCGCAGCCUCAGCACCGAGCGCAUUGCUCAUCGGGUUGCGGAAAAGCUUAGUGGCUCGCCACAGGAGACCUCAAGUGGCAAGAAGAGUCGGAGCAGGAGUAAAAAUGUUGGCAAGGAAUAUCUGGAAGCCGAGCCAACCAAGCCAUCGCGCCGAAGACGGCAAGUCUAUGGCGACGAGGACGCUGGUCUCACAAGCCCAGAAUCAAGCCUACUCAGCACAUCGGCUGUAUCAUCGAACCGAAAAUCUGGGGAUCAGCACUCUAUUCGCUCGGGCGCGUCCAAAUCUUCUAUCAAUAAUCCUAAAUUGUUGGAAACUGUGGAGGAUGCCAUCCGUCGGUUGAUUCUGCCCGAGCUUAAGGAGCUGAAAAAAGAUCAGAAGGUCAUGUCGAACAAAACCAAGUUUGAGCGUGAUAUUUCAUCGUAUUCAUCUACAAGUUCUCGAGAUGAGUUGGGUCGACGACUAUCAAAACAUGCGAGUGCACCAGACGUCAUGAAGCCCAAGGUCGUCCUCAACAAGGAUAGCAAAGAUGAGGGCAUCGUCCUAUCGGGUGAGCGUGAGCCCUUUUCUCAGAACAAGGAACGCAAGUCGAGCAAGAGCAGUGAAACUUCGGACUCUGCAUGGGUGAAGUGGGGCCGGCCUGAGCUCACUGAACAAGAGAAGCUCCGAAGGCAAAAGAGUAAAGGUUUGCGCGACGCUCAAGCUGCCGCCAGAGUGGGGUCCGCAUUAACUGCUGCUUCAUUGAAGCACCAUGAUUCACAGUCCAGUCUCGGUGAAAGAGAACGGCGCGGUAGUGAAUCACAGCGAGGCAGUGAAGCUCAAGGCGCCAAAUAUAAUGAGACUGAGCUCCUCUUCCAGAAACACAAUGUUGCGCCUAUGCCUAUGCGAAGUGCAAUCGACUCUGAAAUGACAAGAGCCUCUCUACUCUCUGAGCGUACCGAGAGUCCUGCGCCUCGUCAAAAAUUCUCUUUCGAGGACCAACCUGGUUCGCCUCGUCAACUUUCCUCUCCUACUACCCGCACUCCCAAUCGCACUCCACUGGAUCCUCGCCACGAACUCGGCAUGGGCCACGGAAAUCCAUCGCAGCGAGAUAUCUCCCUUCACAGCACCUCAGACCACGACAUGCGUGCGAAGAGCCAAUCGCCCGGUAGCGACUGGGCUAUCGCUGAAGCAGCAGCAGCAAAUCUGCUGGAUGCUGCCCAGCCAGCCAAGCACGACCCGUAUGAAACUGGUCGCCAACUGAGUCCCAUUCAGAGCGUUGCCAGCGAGCAGACACAAACACACGGCGCAGAGCACCCCAACAAGCACUACUCCGAGGCAGAAAAGGAUAUGGAGCCUCGGCUGUCCAUUGAUUCUUUGUCUUCUGCCCCCAGCACCAACCUUGCUCGAUCCACUCGUCAAGAUGGCGCCAGUCCUCGAAGCCAGGAUGGAUUCUCGAAGAAUGGCGAGAGCCACGAGCUUGGCUACGAGCAAACGCCCCGAGUUUCAGGCAUCUUCGGGCCUGAUGAUGAGGAAUCCAGACUCUCUAUUGGUGUUGACAGCCAGAUGAUGGACGAAAGCGAUGUCGAUUUCAUGGACAAGGUCAAAGAGGGCCAGCACGUCGCAGCACCGACUGCAGCAGUUGCCAAUCCUCAAUUUGUCCACCCGGAAGGCAUUGAAUCUGCCGUUGCCUCUUUGAUGGACCCUCCGUCUACCCUCGAAUCCUAUCAAUCCAACCGCUCUCAGACCGAUCUCGCGCAGCGCUCUGGCAGUCGCAGCCCUGAGAAGCCUGAGAGCGAGGGAUACCGUGGCAGCCCUCUCAAGCAACGCCAGGAUGCCUCCAGCCCUGAUAACUCGUCUUUCCCUCGUCGCAUGGGAGUCACUUCGCCUCCUCAGAGCGUGACCCAGUCAAUCGAAGAUAUGGAGGAAGCUGGAGUGGCUGCUGCGGCUGGCCGCGGCAUCGAGAGUCCGCUUCCAGAGGACGAGCAAAGCCAGGAAUCCGAGUCGGAGAUUAACACCAACCCCUCAAUCAUCCAAGGCCCAGCUGGUGGCAACCGUGACCAUUGGGCGUAUGAUGCCCGAUCUCCGCCCAAUGGGCAGGUUCCUUACUACCACCCUGCUGUGCAGGCUGGAGCUAAGGACCUUCGUCCAGGCCAGCAGCCAAGCCUUGACGCCGAGUACUAUGAAACCGCUCGAAACAUCUUUGGUGGCGACGAUGAAUACUACCCUGACAGCCAAGCUCAGAACUUGUUCGGCACACCGCCUGGCGCUAGCAAGGACGAGGGGUAUGUCUCUGCUGCCAAUCCUAUGUCUCCUAGCGUUGGCACUCCCAAGCAAGGAAACCGAGCCCUCGGUGGUCCUGGUGCCGCGUUUGAGAGCCCAGAACUUGACGAUUCCUUCGGCGCUGGCCACCAACGUCAUUUCAGUGGCUACUCCCACGGCGUUGGCUCUCCAAUCUACGACAGCGCUACCGGCGCGGGAAUCGACAGAAUCAAGUCCAAGGACAUCAUUGCUCUGAUGGACCAUCUCACUGUCCGAGAUGCUCAGCGCAAUGCGCGUGACACCGAGAUCCUCGUGACCCUCGUCCGGAGUGCCGCAGAAAUGCGGAACUCCUUCGAGGAAAUGAAGAAGUACAUCGCUCAACAGGAUGGUCUUCUUAUGGACGCCAAUGAGAAGCACCACGAGCGCACCCAAAAAGCCCUCGGUGGUCCUCGGCCCCUGCCCCCCAGCGCAUCCCGAGGCCGCCAGUUCAAUCCAGCGGAAGAAGAUGAUCUGCAGUCCAAGCGGAAGAACAUCUUUCAGCGCGCGCUGAAGGGUCUUAGCCUCAAGUCAGGCAAUGACUUGGCCAGAGUUGAGGGUAUGCUUGAACAGCUGUUGGACGAAGUUGAGGCGUUGCGAAAUGGAAAUGACAUUCCUCCCCCUCGCAUGAGCGUUCGGACUGGAAGUAUCGACACCAAUGGCUAUGAGACUAAGGGCCAGAACGGUGCUGUUUCUGUGACCCGCUCACCUCCUCGCGUAGCCAACGGCGACCAGCGUGUCAGCACUGUCCCCGAACAAGAUGAAGAAGAGGAUGAAGAGCUGGAUGAGAAUGAUGCGUACAUGACAGCUCACUUGCCUGUGCGCGAGCCUGCUCGCCACGAGAGAGCUGGGUCUCUGCCCCUCUCCACUCCUCCCCGCAAGCCUGUCGCUACUGCACCGAGACCACCCCCCAAGGCUGUCGACAAGAAGCAUAAGCACAAGUCGAGCAGUUCAUCCAUCUUCCCAAAGAUCUCUCGCUGGUCGAAGAGCACUGCCACUUCCAUGGGUGACAACUUCCGCAACAGCAUGCAGCCUGCCCGAAAGGAGCGCCCCCUCUCAGGGAUGUCUCGUUCCGGUUCUGAUCUUGCCCUGGGUGCUUACAACAAGCCCGGCGGUUACUACGAUCCCGAGGGCGAUGAUCGCAUUCGCUCCAACUACACCCUUGAGGAUAACCAGCAGGAGAACCGCCCUCCGUCCCCGCUUGUGCCUUCCGCUGUCUCCGAGGCUCCCAAGUACCGCGCGCACCGCGGUAGUCUCGAUCUGAAGCACCCUCAGCCUCGCCAGGGCCCUACCGGUCGCUACCAGUCCGCGCUAGAGAGCCAGGCUCAAAUCUACACUACUCCUGCUUCUCCCAACUCGGAACAGUGGGGGUCUAACCAUAGCUUGCCAGCUGUUCAGAACCACAACCGCUACAGCGGUGGCAGCCGCCUCUCGCCCAUCUCGGACGCUGGAUAUUCCGAGUCUAGCUCUCGCCAGCCCGGCCCACCUCGUCCUCCCAAGCUCAAGGACAAUGGCCCCUUGGUGCCAGAGCGUCCUCCUAAGAUCCGCGAAGACGAAGAGCCAUCCUACGGUGACCGCGCCGUCUCACGGGGCUCCGCUGUUCACUCUCCACCAACCCGCAAACCAACUGGCCCCCGUCCCCUGACAUCUGGCGGAGCUUACAGUCCCAGCAAUAUCAAGCGCACGCGCUACCGUGGCAGCCCCAUGCAGAUCGACUAUGACGACGACUAUUAA